AUGUCUGACAUAUCCGAAGAAUAUGAAGAGGAAGAUCAAGGCCCAAAUUUGGGGGAAUAUGACGGAGAAAGGAAUGACGAUGGAGAACGUCAUGGAUUUGGAAAAGCGAUUUUACCAAACGGUGACACUUAUGAAGGCUAUUAUGAACACGGCAAAAGAUUUGGACAAGGUACCUAUCGUUUUAAGUCUGGAGCUAGGUAUGUAGGAGAAUAUUAUCAGGGUAAAAAGCAUGGCCAGGGAAUUUUUUGGUAUCCAGAUGGUUCUAGAUAUGAAGGAAACUGGGUAAAUGAUCAAAGGCACGGUAGUGGUACUUAUUUUUACGCUAACAAUGAUCUCUACGAAGGAAAUUGGCUCAAUCAUCAGAGACAUGGGCAAGGUGUUUAUACAUAUGCUGAUACUGGAACCAAAUAUAAAGGAAGUUGGGAGAAUGGUAAGAGACAAGGAUUUGGUGAGUUAAUUCAUGCAAAUCAUUCUUAUCAAGGCAACUUCACAAGUGAUCAGCCUGAAGGAAAAGGAAAAUAUAUUUUUGAUAUUGGUUGUGAGCAACAUGGAAAUUAUGAGCUUGUAGAAAUAUCGCAAGGUGGAAUAAAUGAAGACGAUGAACCCGUUAAAAUUGUUGUCCCUACAUGGAGAAGCGGCAAAGUUAAAGCUAGGAAUGUAAUUAACGAUGACGAAGUUGAAGAUAUAUUGAAGCUUGAUAGUACCAAUAAUUCUCGCCCUGAAUCUGCUGUGAUAGCAGGUAAUGGAGAGAAUAAUCAGCCAGUAGAGGCUAAAGAUGAAGAAACUGUUAAUAAUGAGACGAAUGAUGACAAUACCAAUAUCAGCGAAAAUCAAGAAGGUUCGGUGGUACCAGACGUAGUAGCUGGGGAAUCUGAGGCACCACCGACCCUGGCGGUAGAGACACCAGUUGCAGAAACUUAA